GCCUUCCUGUGCCACCGGCAUCGGACCAGCCACCGCCACAUGAGAACUGGAGCACCACCACGCCUUUCAAUACUGCAUCUCUCCCCUCGCUCUCCACCCUCCUCCUCGCCUUUCAAACUGCAUCUCUCCCCCUCGCUCUCCACUCUCCCCCUCGCCUUUCAAACUGCAUCUCUCCCCCACGCUUUCCACCCUCCUCCUCGCCUUUCAAACUGCAUCUCUCCCCCUCGCUCUCAACUCUCCCCUUCGCUCUCCACCCUCCUCCUCGCCUUUCAAACUGCAUCUCUCCCCCUCGCCUUUCAAACUGCAUCUCUCCCCCUCGCCUUUCAAACUGCAUCUCUCCCCCUCGCCUUUCAAACUGCAUCUCUCCCCCUCGCCUUUCAAACUGCAUCUCUCCCCCUCGCCUUUCAAACUGCAUCUCUCCCCCUCGCUCUCCACUCUCCCCCUCGCCUUUCAAACUGCAUCUCUACCCCUCACUCUCUACUCUCCCCCUCUCCUUUCAAACUGCAUCUCUCCCCCUCGCUCUCCACUCUCCCCCUCGCCUUUCAAACUGCAUCUCUCCCCCUCGCUCUCCACUCUCCCCCUCGCCUUUCAAACUGCAUCUCUCCCCCUCGCUCUCCACUCUCCCCCUCGCCUUUCAAACUGCAUCUCUCCCCCUCGCUCUCCACUCUCCCCUACGCCUUUCAAACUGCAUCUCUUCCCCUCGCUCUCCACUCUCCCCCUCGCCUUUCAAACUGCAUCUCUUCCCCUCGCUCUCCACUCUCCCCCUCGCCUUUCAAACUUCAUCUCCCCCCACGCUCUCUACUCUCCCUCACACUCUCUACUCUCCCUCACGCUCUCUACUCUCCACUCUCACCAUUCAAACUGCAUCUCGCCCCCUCUCUCCCUACUCUCCCCCAUGCUCUCUACCCUCUCUGUUUUCUCGCUCGCUCUCGCUCUCGCUCUCUCUCUCUCUCUCUCUCAUGAUCUGUGUGUCUCUCCUUCUCUCCUCUGCUGUGCCUGGGUAUCUACAUUAGGAAUGGGUAAAAAGGCUCUGGUUUUCCCUCCUCCACUUUGAACUUCUUGAGCCAGUUGUUUGUGAAUUGAUUGCGAUACCAAACAGCGAGUAGGGCAUCCAUGUACCUGCACACAUUCACACAUACCAUUUUCACCACAAAUGUGAUUUAUCGAUUGGAAUCUGUCUCUAGUUAAUAAAAAAAAAAAACUUAAAAUUUUUUAAAAAGUAUUGUUCGGCGCCCUUUUGGAUCCGAUUGUUCUUUACCGUGGAAAGCGGUUGAAUGACAGCAAUUCAUCCCAAAUGGCGCCCACAAAAACCUUGUGGUGAUGGGAAGUCGGCUGCACUUUCAUGUAAGUUGAGCUCACCUAGUUUGAUCAAUGUGGAACGAAGGUUCUGCUGUGUAUAAUUUGAAUGAAGAAUUGGGUUCAAAGGUAAUGGUGUACACCCUAAAGGGGAGUAGGAUUCCAGACCUCUUUCCUUGUCUCUAAUCUCAAUACUUGAAUUGCAGAGCUCUGUUAACCUUGAAGGGGGCGCUUUUUAAUUCAUGUUCUAUGACCUUUUAUUGUUUCUUAAAAUACAAAAAGAAAGUGUUUUUUUAGUGUAUAGGGUGAGCUGUUUCUUUCUUUAUUUACUAGGACUCGGGAAGCUUAACCCUUCAGAUUUUUUAAUUGUUUUGUAUAUUAUGUACUUAAAGUGGAAAUUGCAGCCUAGCUAUCCGGACAUUUUUAUAUUUCAAGUAGCUGUGUGUGUACACUGUUAUUUUUGUUUAUUUUUAAACUAACAAUCUUCUUGAUGGUUUAGCACUUGAGAUUUUACAGGUUUCCUGCUAGUUCGACGAGUCAAACGAUUAUUACUGUAUUUCUAUUUUUUUGGUUCUCAGAGUUUAACUGCCUUGUUUCUGCAAAAAAAAUAAACUAAAAGGAAAUUUAAA